CAUGAACACGAAAUGUCGCGUUUGGCCGCAACAUGCAAGUACAACCUGUCUAAACACUGAUACUCUGCCAUUAGGCUGCAGAGCAUGGGCGGUCACUUUUCGGUCUAUAUAAACAUUAGCAGCACAGCACACCUCUUGAGAUUAAUCACUCGUGCACAUGAUCGGGCACAGAGCACAUGUCUGAGCAGUCACAGUCUCGCCUAUCUGGAAUGAAAGCAGCUCAGUGAUGGAGUUCAGAGAGCUGGGAGCAGACGAGAGCUCAGACGGCGAUAUGGAGGAUCUGGAUAGUGUAAAAGCCCUGACAGAGAAACUCAAACUCCAAACGCGCAGACCGUCGUACCUAGAAUGGAAGGAGCGACUGCAGUCUCGCCCGUGGACUGAUGCCACACACGGUUCAAAUGUCAGCAGCCCAGGAUCCGUGGAGAAGGACACUCAGCUACCCGACAUCUGGAAAGAUGGGAUGCCUUAUAAGAAUAUAUGCGGCUUUGAAACUAUAGACGAUGCGUUAGAGUGGCUCAGAAGCGAACUGAGGGAGAUGCAGAUGCAGGAUAACCGUCUGGCACGGCAGUUGAUUCGCUUACGGGGGGAGAUCCACAGGCUGAAGGUGGAGCAGGUGUGUCACCGUCACAAAGAAAUGCUGGAUGAUGCCACGUAUGAGCUGGAGGAAUGCGAGGAGGACUCGGACCUGCUGUGUGACAUCCCCAUGAAAGCUGCCUUCACUAUGUCCACCCCUCUCAAACAUCUUGGUCUCACCAAGAUGAACCUCAACUCCAGACGAUUCUCACUCUGUUGAGAGACACGUCGAGGAGAGACCCCCCUCAAGAAAACUCAAUGCACAGCUUUUACUGACACAGGAAACCAAAGAUUUGUUUCAUUUCAGUGUUAAAAUUAGACUAUUGCAAAAAAGAAAAAAAAAACACCCUUUAAGUUUUCUUCAGAUAACUAAGCCUUAUUGAACUUUGUUUGAUUUGACCACAGGUGGUCACAUCUGAAAAUGCAGUAACCAGCAAUACAAUUAUUAAACCACUUUUGAAUGCAGACUCACCACAGGUCUGAGAAAGUCCCCAUGCAGAGUUGAAAGAAAAUAGCUGAACUGAUCUGAGAAUCAGGAGGAACCUGCUUCUGUGUCAAAAGGCGUGUGAUUGGCACGCAUUCCCAUGAGCGUUCCUGAAUGCUCAGAGGAGGAAACACUCUCCUGUCAGUUUGGCUGUGAUCCCGAGCAGCAGCCUCACAGGAAGUGUGAGUUUAUGUUCAGGCAUUUUGCCACCUUGUCUCUUAAAACCUAAAAAUAACCCCCACUCUACAGCUCAGAGCUGCAACAACUGAAAAGCCGAUCUCAGUCUCUGUUCUGUUCAGCCCACUGUCGGUGGUUGGUCUUAAAUUAAAAAGUUGAGGGUACGUAUUUGAGAAUCUUGUGCUUGGGAAAUUGUUAUUGAUAGGUCAGAAGAUUUUUAUGAGUUUUUAUAGUUUCCUUUGUAUGUCUACAGAGCCCAUUAAAGUUUAGUUUACUUUAUUACAAGCACUGGAAAUUUAGCACUGCAUUUGUGCAUGGAUACUGUAAGUGCUUAACAACAUAUCAAAGAGGACCCUUAUAAUUUGACAAAUUAAACUUGGGACUAAAUGAGUGUUACCCAUUUUUAAUAGAUUGUAUAUAUAUGAAAUGAAUACUUCUGUUCGGCAAGAAUGCAUUAAAUUGAUCAAAAAAAACAAACAAAAAAAAAAAGAUUUUUACAUUUUAAAAAAACAAUGAAGGAUCACGAGACAUUAAAUGGCUGAAAAUUCAGUUUUGCCUUCACAGGAAUAAAUAACAUUUUAAAAUAUAAUAAAAUAGACUUAUAAAUAAAAUAACAAUAACUUUUAAAUUGUACUAAUAUUUCACAAUAUUUCAGUUUUAUAGAGCUGUAAUGCAGGCUUUGUGAUCAUAUAAGACUUCUUUCAAAAACAUCACAAACAAUUUUACAGAACGCAAACUUUUUAACGGUAUGUUUUUUAAUUAAUAAAAUGUUUGAUGUACAAAUGUUUAAUUGCACUGUUAAGGGUAUAAAAGAUCCUUUUGCUUUCAAUCACCUGUUUACUAAAACCGAACACAAUGACUUGACUUUUUUCGCACAGGGCUAAAAAAUGCCUUAAAUUUGCCUUAAAUUAAUAAAAUGCCUUAAAGUUAUUUUGAAGGUAUAUUGCGAGUGAUAUUGUAAUUUAGAAGAAAGGAGAAAAAACAUUGUUCAUUCACUGUAACUCAUUCACUUACAAUAAAAAUGUAUGAAUCUUUUGAA